GUUUGACUGACAGUUGUUUCAUUUCGUGCAUGGAGGAUGGAGGAUUUAUAUUCCUUCUUUGUGGUAUAAUUUUCUGUUGAUUUUUAAUUUCAUAAAAUCGGGGUGGUGUUUAUUUGCUGGAUUUAAAUUUCGAAAUUUACUUUUAUGAUUUUAAUUUUAUAUCAAGUGUAAAAUAAAACGGAAACGAAAGUGAUACAAUUUGCGACAAAUAAAAACAAUAAUCAUGAGUGAUAAAAAAGAAGAAAAGAAGGAAAUUCGCGUUUGGUGUGAUGGAUGUUAUGACAUGGUCCACUUUGGACAUGCGAAUUCCUUACGGCAGGCCAAAGCUUUGGGUGAUGUGCUUAUUGUAGGAGUGCACACUGAUGAAGAAAUAGCCAAGCACAAAGGCCCACCAGUGUUUACACAAGAAGAGCGAUACAAGAUGGUCAAAGCCAUCAAGUGGGUGGACCAUGUAGUGGAAGGUGCUCCUUAUGUCACCACAUUAGAUACCCUGGAUAAAUACCAGUGUGAUUUCUGUGUACAUGGAGAUGAUAUUACUGUGACAGCAGAUGGAAUUGACACAUACCAUUUAGUUAAGAAAGCAGGUAGAUACAGAGAGGUGUUAAGGACUGCAGGGGUGUCUACAACAGACUUAGUGGGCAGGAUGCUGCUUCUUACCAGAGAACAUUUCAAGAGGGGUGACAGAGAGUAUUCUGUGGCUCUGGAACACUCGUCAAACCUCGGCACAGAUUCAACGGCGCGGUCGCCAUUUACAGGCUGUUCACAAUUCCUCCCCACCACACAGAAAAUCAUACAGUUCAGCAGUGGGCUAUCUCCGAAACCUACAGAUAGAGUUGUCUAUGUGGCGGGUGCCUUCGAUUUAUUCCACGUGGGCCAUCUAGACUUCUUAGAACAAGCGCACGCUCAAGGGGACUUCCUCAUCGUCGGCUUGCACACAGACCUGGAGGUGAACCGAUACAAGGACUCAAACUACCCCAUCAUGAAUCUACACGAACGGGUGCUUUCUGUGCUGGCUUGCAAGUAUGUGCACGAAGUGGUGAUUGGCGCGCCGUACAGUGUGACCGCGGAUUUGAUGGAUCAUUUCCGUGUGUCGGUGGUCUGCCAUGGGAUGACGGCCACCGCGCCGGACGCUGACGGCUCAGACCCGUACGCUGUGCCCAAACAGCGGGGCUGUUUCAAAAUAUUGGAUUCAGGUAAUACAAUGACAACAGACGACAUAGUGCAGCGAAUCAUCCGCCACAGGUUAGAGUUUGAGUUGCGGAACUCGAGAAAGGAGAAGAACGAAAUGGAACUAAUUAAAUCAUUAAAGAAGACCCACGUGAGCAAACAGAACGGUGACUGCGAGCAUAUCAAGAAAAAUGGUGACGUCACAGAUACGAGCUAAAUAGUGUUAUGUAUUACAGUAUAUAUAUAAAACUAACUGCCAGGCUCAGGACUGGUCUCCACUAAUAGAUACAGAGUAAUAAACGGUGCUAGAGCACAGUACGGCUAGCUUCCCGUUUAAAAUGGCCAUGCUCACCUUUUGUAAUCAUAAUAUGCUGAUGCGCUGAGCUAUCGCCGAUUAAUGCGCCAACCCUGACGUCUUAUCUUACUCACACAUGCAUGAACACUAAACAAAUCUUCAUAACAAAAUUGUAUGUCGCGUUCCGAGCUAUGCCAUAUCGACAUAAAUGCAAUUAAGUAAAUUAAAAUGUAUAAAUAAAUCACUUAAAUUUAACACUUAAUGCAUUAGUGCAUCAUUGUCUGCUUGAUCUGUCAAAACGUGAAACAUCAGAAUUAAUGACAAAUUUUCUGUCUAUAGACAAUACCCAGAUUUUGUAAUUUAUAUUAACUGGCAGUUCGAAUAGGGUAUCCUCUAAUUUUGAAUCUUUAAAAUUUGUCUCAUUCAGGGUUUCAUAGCCAAACGUACCUGUACUUCAGCUGUAAUAGAAACUGGUUUAUGUUUAGUAUUUUACACUUAUUUAUUGAACACUUUAUGUUCAGGACCACAUUGUAUCCAAAAAGUAUAUGCAAUUACUUUUUACGAAGAGGUCAUCAAUUCUUAUUGCAUAGAAAAUGUUGAGUAGUUUAUUACAAACCAAAAUGCAAAUAUUUUAUUCACUGGAUACUUGAACGUGUAUAUUGAUAGGAUUACUAAAAUUAUAUUGUUUUAGAAAAUAAUAGGUAUCCUUGUAAAUUGGACAUAUUGUAAACGUUAUAUUCGCUAGAAUCACAUAAUUGUGUUAUGUACAUUUCGAAAAAAUGUGCCUGUGGUUAAGAAUAUUUUUCUAUUAUAAAUCAACACAAUUUGCAAAAUAAUAUACUGUAUGUCCCUGAUGAUGUGACGUUAUCAUCAGGUACAUGUGGUACGUGGUCGGUGUUUGAUAUAGGUACUACAUAAAUCCAGUUAAAAAUCUAUCUAAAAAAUACAUAAUGUAUGAAAUUCUACCUUUUAAAGUUAUAUGUAAGUAAUUAUACAUUGAAUCAUUACAUAGCUAGAUAUAUUGGAUAAUGAAAUUUAAAAAACCAGAAGCACUUAAUUUUUAGAACUCUCCUACAUGAGCUGUAGGGUUACGUCAAAGUAUAUAAUAUUUAGAUAUUAUACUUUGACGUAACUCUACAGCUAUAAGCCAUUAAUAUUUAUCUUACUCCAAUACGAUGUGGGCAUUUACAUUGUGAUAUCGUUUAAUAAAUUUAAUAUAAAACAAUGGAUUAUUUUUAGAUAACUCUGUUUUAGUGUUAAUGCUAAGUUUUGUUCCUUUUGUUUUAAUUUAAUAUUAGAAAAGUCAAAGUGAAUUUUUACACUUUCGAUGCUUUUGCUACUCAGUCGAUUUUGAAUUUUCCAUUCAUUUUUAACAAACUAGAUAGCAGAUAUUUUUUCUGUGUUCUCUUUAUGUUUAUAGAAAAUUUUAUGACGAUUGAUUAGGAGGAGGCAAACAAAUAACAUACUUGUCGUAUAUAAUGUUAGUUCUAAUACAAUGUUUCAUCAAAUAAGGUCUUCAAAUAAGGAAUGUACUGUUUAAUAUUUCAAAAUUAUUAUUUAAUUAUUGUCAACGUAAAAAAAAAUGGUACAUAAUAGGUAGUAAACAUUUGAUUAUUAUUUUUAUCUUAUACGUUUCUCCCAAUAUUUAUUUGUUCCCAGUAUGUGAAUAACAUAGUAUUUUCGUCUUUAAAAAAAUUGAAAAAAUUACAUUAUUAUUCUACCAAAGAUUCAGAUCUCAUACUGCAUAAAGUGUUUGUGUAUGACACAACACAUCAACGAGAUUAAGCUGUAUUUGUUAUUUAUUUUUGCGUUUUAAUAAAAUUAUAUCAGGAAGGCCUUGUGUAUAGUAUAAAGUAAAAAAUAUGAUGUAACAUAUCUAAAUAAAAUUUAAUCUCGUUUAGCUUACUGUCAACACGCAACACGCAAUUUUAUGUAUAAAACUUGCGUGACACAUAAUGUAGAUAUUGUAUAUCAUCGAACCUAGUGAGAACCAGUGAGUUAUAUUAAAGUUAAUAUAAUAUAAAAGGCUUCAAUGCUUUAACAAUAGGAAACUUAUCCUAUGUCGACGACUUAGGAUACGUUUCCUAUUGUUAUUAACAACCAGAUAUUUAUGUCGAUUGCUUUAGUAACAUUUUCACAACCAUUUAAAAAAAUAUUUUUCGACAUUAAAAACAAGUAUAAUAUCAAUAAAUGAAUUAUGUUGGAUCGUAAAGCAUUUCAUUAAAAUUAUAUAAAUUGUUUAAUCAUAUUUCAUUGUAAUCUUUUCGUAACGGAAUAUUCUUCUGUUUGAUAGAUUUAUAUGUUUGUUUAUGUGUAAAAAUAAAAAUAUAUAUCCCUAGAUUUAUUUGUCAUAUGCAUAACAGAUAAAUUAUUUAUUAAACUAGUUAUAGCUAUUAAUUAAAAAUAAAUUAAAUGUCUGGAAAUUUUA